AUGACUUACGCCAUAACAGCAAGGGCAGCCUUUGGGGAGAAGUGCAAAGAUCAAGAAGCUUUCAUAUCCACUAUAUCAGAAGAAACCAAGGUUCAUGGAGAGGCUGAUAGGAUAAUUGAGAACAUUGUUAACGAUCACAAAGAGAAGAGAGCAAAAGCCACAAGUGAAGAUGUAGUAGAUAAGGAAGAUCUGGACAUAUUCAGCGGAGGAAGUGAGACAUCAUCAACAGUAGUAGAUUGGGCAAUGGCAGAAAUGAUUAAAAACCCAACAGUUAUGAGAAAAGCACAAGCAGAGGUGAGAGAGGCAUUCCAAGGCAAAGGGAAUGUGGAAGAAACAAGGAUUCAUCAACUUAAAUAUCUAAAAUGUGUAAUAAAAGAGACAUUAAGACUGCACCCAGUUUUCCCAUUGUUGCUUCCAAGAGAAAGUAGCCAAAGCUGUGAGGUUAUUGAAUUCCGGAUACCAUCCAAGACCAGAGUCAUGAUCAACGCAUGGGAAAUCGGGAGAGAUCCAAAUCAUUGGCCUCAACCUGAAAAGUUCGACCCCGAAAGAUUCGUAGACAGUUCAAUGGAUUUCAUGGGGACAAAUUUCGAGUUCAUCCCAUUCGGGACAGGAAGAAGGAUAUGUCCAGGCAUUUAUUUGCACUUCCAAAUGUGGAGCUACCACUCGCCCAAUUGUUUUCAGCUUCAAAUACUGUUUUUCGGCUUGAGGAACUAA